AAAUGCAACUUCGAUAUCAACAUACCUAAACGCAGUUGCAAAAAGAGAAAAACAUUGUUUUUUGACGCGUUGUGCAAACGCCACUCGAGGUGUGUGUGCAAAUCAAAACUAAAAUCAUGUCGCAACAGCGUGCAACAAGCAGCAACGACGGAGCCACCAACAACGCUGAACAAAGCACUAGCAACACAAACAAUGCGAUUGUUGUUUUGGACGACAGUGACAACGAGGACGAUGAUAUACAAUUUGUGGGUACAACUAUUUCGCGUCCUGCAAUACCAAUGAUCGAUCUCUGCGUUUCACCAUCCACCUCAGCUGCUGCGGCCGCCGCAGCUGCUGCGUCAGCGACAGUUGCCAACGUUGGUUCAGGUGAUUCACUUAAAACCACCAAUAUAGAAACAGCUGCCGCCUCGGCUGCAUCUGAUGUCACUGCUGUCGUCGCGGACACGGACACACCCACACACACAUCCACACCCACCGCCGCCCUGGAGUGUCCCAUUUGCUUGCAAACCUGUAUACAUCCCGCCCGUCUUCCCUGCGGUCACAUCUUCUGCUUUUUGUGUGUUAAGGGAGUCGCCUACAAGAAUCGUCGCUGUGCCAUGUGCCGUCGGGAGAUUCCUGCUGAAUUUCUGGAUCAUCCACAGCUGGUGAAUGGCAUUGAUGACAUUUGUGCCACACGCGCAACGGAAGAUGGUUAUCAAUGGUAUUAUGAGGGUCGCAAUGGUUGGUGGCAAUAUGACGAUCGCACCAGCCAGGACAUUGAGGAGGCCUUCAAAAAGGGCGACAAAUCCUGCUCCAUACUCGUUGCCGGCUAUGUAUACAUUGUGGAUCUGGAGCAGCUUGUGCAGCAGCGUCAAAAUGAACCCACCCGCUGUCGUCGUGUCAAACGUGACCUGGCCACCAUACCGAAGAAGGGCGUGGCUGGACUACGCAUCGAGGGCAACCAGGUGACCAGUGACACGGUGUUCAGUCGACCCAGCAACCCAACACCGACUGCUGCCGCUGCGGGUGGCGCUUCCAGCUUUAUAUCGACCAUUGCUGCCCGGGAUGCGGCCAUUAGGAUUGCCAGUGAUAUAAUUGGCUCGACGCUGGCGCAUGCGGAUGAGUUGACACGCGGUCUGGCCGCCAGCAACAUCAGCGAUAGCGCCAACGAUCUAAGCGGUGAGCAAGCCUACUCCAAUCCUACACAGCAAUCCAACACAGCAGGUGCAGAGCAACGGGAACGGGAACAGACGGGUAUUAUGGGUAUUGCCGCCUCGCGUUCGCUUGCCUCCUCGCACUCGAACUCCAUACAGGAUCUCAUGCUCAGCGCCACUGAGGAUUUGUUGGACACCACACAACAGGUUAUUGAGACCAAUCAACAUACCAUAGAUCUCUUCGAGCAGGCCUUGAACGAUUUUCAGGCACUCACCAUGCGAAACUUUGCCGACUCCAGUGAUGAGGAUGACGAUGAUGAUAAUGGUAAUGAUAAUGUUAAUAAUGGCGUUGUGGUCGAGCAACUGGAGGCGAGCGAACCACACGAUGGACACAAUGGCCCAUUGAGUUUUUAAUUAUCCAAUCAUUUCAUUAACAAUAUGCAUACAUUAAAUGUACCGUUAGCUUAGACAACAAAAAGCUAAAAACUUAAAGCUCGAAACGCGAUCGAAGUUCCUUUUAGAAAUGUCAUCAUUUCGGAAUGUUAACUAGAGAAAUGCCGCGCGUACCUGAGAAUAUCUAUAUAAAGCACUAUAUAGGGCUCUAUGCGUGAGCAAGAGUGCAAGACAGAAGCCUACAGGGUAACACAUACACACAUACAAAUAUAUAUGUAUACUAGUUCCUUAUCAAUCUGAACCUGAACAACUGUAAACUUUACAUACCAUACAUAAGUAUAAAUUGAACCAUUGUUAGGAAAGAUGUGAUUAGGAAAUUGUAAUGUCAACUUGUUUGAAAAUACUAUGAAGUUCGUGAGCUACUUAAAUUAAAUAGAAAGAGAUGUUUAAUAUAUUACUGUAGUCAGACAGACAACAGAAACAUUAAAUUCCCAGAUUACCAAAUACCAAUAAUAUAUUCAAAUUUGACAACAUGAACAUAAUCUAUUGGGUUCGAUGAAAUCGCUUCAGAAUCUCUUAUAUGAAUAUUCAGUUAUCCCCUGUGUUUAACAUAAGAUGUACUUAUCCUUACAAACAAUAUACCCUACGUAUAUGUGUAUUUGUAUAUUCUAUAAAUCCCCGCAACCGAGCCAAUUAAGAAUCCACCAAGAAAGCGUAGUGUGAGAAGGACAAUACAUAUAUGUAUAUUCGAUUGGGUGAUGUCAGGACAGAAAUCGAUGGAUAAACUUGAUGUACUACCAUUUUAAUGAAGUGCAAUUCGGUUUAUAUAUAUAUUUAUAUAUUAUUUGGAUAGCUUCAAAACUUUGUUCUUGACUUGAUAAAGUUGUCGAUGAAGCUUCCUGUAUUUUAUUAUAAGUCGCCGUUAAGUGCGUUAAAAUAAAACAUUUCUGUGAAAAUUUAAUAUAUAAGUUAUUAUUAACAUUUCGGUUAGUCACAAUUGAGUCUGAGUUCUUCUUGUUUUUAAUUUAUUCUUUUUUUAUAUAUUAUUCAUGACUGUCAAUUGUGUCUAACCAGAAUGCAUUUGCAAUUGCCUUUAUUAAUAUAUGUAUGUAUAUUUUGUGACUACUGUUUUAUAGAUUCGAUUUGUACCCCGCCAUUACUUCUAACUGUGAAAUGCCUAAUCCUAGCUAUCCUUGUAUCAACGAUAUUCCUAAAGCUCUACUGACUUCAACCGCGAGAGCUCUCCUCCUCCUCCCCCCGGUAAUAUAAAAAAGCAGCAGCCAAAAAAAACAAACACAAAAUUAUAAUACUUAUCAUAUCAUAUUUGUCAUAUUGAUCAUUGUCUUAAUCCAAGUUCGAAGAAAGACAUAGAAUUAGCCUAAGUUCAUCUCUUUUGCCCAUUUUAGCCAGUGGAAGUUUCUAUCUUUCUCUUCUCUUUUCUUCUUUAUAUUCGACUGCCUCGCAUAGUUCUAUUUUCUAUAGCUCUCAAAUUCCCUUUGAUCUGAUUAAUUUAAGCAUUAAUGCACUGAAGACUUAAUUCAUUACAUUACAUUAUUUAAAUUAUUUCACUUAUUCUAUCUUUCAUAUUGCAAUGGGAAAACAAAUCCAAUCUGUGCCAAGCGCAAAUCGUAAACAUCUCUGCUUUCCGUUAACAGUGAAUUUAAGCCUUUGCUUUAUAAGUACUGUUAACUUUACAUUAACAGCAUGUCUCGUUUGUUCCAGCAAUUCAUACAUACAUUUUAUUAAUCAUUAUUAAAAUACUUGGUAUUUACAAAAACAACUCAGAACAAAUUCAUCAAUGCUCCAUCAUGGGGCAUAUUUUUUUAAGAUUUACUUAGAGGAACAGUAAUGUUCUGAUUACAUUGAUUUAUUAUACUUAAGAUUCUUAACUAUUAAAUGUAUUUAAGUUGGCAAUAAAUAUUCACAUUCAACAAAAA